GCCCAUGUAUUGAGGUUACGUUUAUGAUACUCGUUAUGGAGUCAAAUGUGCAACGAUCUCUAGACUUGCGACGUUCCCAAGGCUGGGCAACCAAGACGUACGACACCAUCUCCUUCAGCAAUUAGACUUCGACAUACUUCACCUAAUUCUGACGACCCGCCACGAUAAUGACAUUUGUCUGGGACUUUGGCAUUCUUGGUUCUUUUCUUCUGCCAACCGGUAUGGAUAGUAAGUUGUUUUACCUCGUACUUGUUUAGCAUGCCUUGACCGCACCGCUGACUUCAAGCCCAGGACAUUGGAUCGGAAAAGGACGGCGCCCUGAUCAUGAUUUGUCCUGGGCAUGACUUUAAAAGGCCUCGGUCCUCUACGUUGAGGAUCGCUACGGAUGGGUUUGCAACUGCAGUUUGGGAAUUACGUAGGUCUCCCUCUGCGAAAAGGUUUAUACCUGGCAACCCUCAGCCUCCAGGAUACACUCGGAUCCCCGGAACACAAGCUUCCGGAUUGGAGAGUUGGGCGGCCACGGCCCCCGAAAACGGCCGAUUUGGCCCCGGUCUACCUUGCACUUCGGUGCUUCAUGACCGGCUUCCAUGUGCAUCAUUGAUGUCUUGGUUGAACUGGACGAUCGAGAUGAACAGCAACGUCAAUUCUCUCGUCAAAAAUCGCCUCUGGCAUAUACUGUGUUCAAAUCCGCAUUACGCGGUAAAUUAUUGGGUAACCGAGCACUUAGUGCUCACGUACUGUGUGAAGGUGCUCUUCAGCUGCGAAGUUCAAGAGCCCGACCCACCGUUGCAGCUUGUGGGCGACUGAUGGAAAAGAUUGAGCAACACAACCGCUGUCGGAAUUCUGACAGACGGGGGUACGCAGGCUGCUACGUUUUAACAGCCUGCCUAUCCAGUGCCUACAGACGGGGUCCUU